AUCUGUCUACUAAUCUGAAAUAAGCCCACCAACCUACGCUCAGAGGCCGAACACCGCAGCCAGUAUCUCAUAGCCAGCGAUCACCGCUAUACCUCGAAGCUGUCCUCCACCAAGCACUGUACCCUCCAUACACCACCACAACAGCCAUGCCACCAAUCCAACUCCACAAGGACGAACCCAUAACGGCUGCCAAACCCUCCGGCACGACCCCUCAAACCGCGCACGACGUACCGCAAAACCCACCACCAACACGCACAACACCCGCCUCUGUCCCGGCAACCACAACCGCAGACGCCUCCCUCCCACCACCACCCCAACCCGGAGCCCGUCCCCUCGCUCCCACCGCAUCCUCAACCAUCUACACACCCAGCGACGCCCCGCCACCGCCACAGCCAGGCUACACAGCAACACACCUCACGACCGAGACGCGUCUCGCAGGCCCUCCACCGCAGUACAACAUCCCGCCGCCGCCCACCGCGCAGCUCGCCGGACGCUCUACGGUGCCCUCGACGACAGCGAGCGGGCCCGGCCCAACGCGGCUCGAUACAGGCGGCGGGGUGCCGCAGGCGUCGCCGUUCCAGCAGCCGCACGUGGGGGGCGCGGUCCCGGAUCCGAACAGGCGCAGCUUGGAACACCCGCCAGGAUAUCAACAGGCGCCUGAUAACUCACCGUAUGCAGCGGGGGGAGGGUCGCUGGGGACGGGCGGCGUGAGUGGGGCGGGUACGCAGGAGAGCGAGGGGGUCGGGGCGCAGGCUUGGAAUAUGCUUGCGAAGGCGGGUGAGGCGUUGAAGAAGGGCGAAGAGGCAGUUUGGAAGGCGGUGAGGGAGAAGUGA